AUGAAACCACUCUUCCUCCUUCCCAUGAAGAAGAUUAAGAGGAUGAAGAAGAAGAGAUCUUCUCAACCACUAUCGGCACCUGCCCGUGCUGUGAAAAAGUAUAAGAGAACUUGUAUCAAAUCUUCGCAACAACAAUCCCUUUCUUCACAACAACACUAUCAGCCUGAUUUUUACUUACCAGAUAAUUGCUGGGAGCAUGUUUUCACAUUCCUCAUUGAACCGGUCGACCCACUCGAUUUGUUUGCAUUACCCCGCAACCCGCGGUGCAACCGGGUCCUUAUUGAGAAUGAAGACAGAAAUAAUUUCAUCUUUCAAUCCUUAUCUCUAGUCUCAAAACAGUUCCUCUCCAUCAUCAACACUAUCAUAUUCUCUAUCAGAGUUUAUCAUCCUCAACUUUGUUUACUCCCUCGUUUUUUCCAUAGAUUCUCCAACCUUAAUUCCCUUGACCUCUGGUUCCGCUCCCGUGAUCUCCAUGCAGGCGUUGCUUUGGCCCUCCGUGACAGACCAUUGAAAUCUUUAUCUAUUUCUUGGAUUGAGCUAAUGGAUGCAAACUACAUUACUUCAUGUUACAUUGAUUCCUUCCUCAGUUUGAAGUCUCUGAAUUCUCUUGAGUUCUACCGUUCUCGAAUCUCUGAUGAAUUGCUUUACGCUAUUGCAAGAGAAGGUCUUCCUUUGAACAAGUUUCUUCUUGAAAGAUGUAUGGGCUAUAGUUACCAUGGAAUUUAUGAUUUAUUAUCCAAGUGUCAUGGGAUACAACAUCUGGGUCUUCAAGGUGUUGAUUUUCUAAAUAAUCAUCAUGUUUCCCUCUUGUCUUUGCUUCUUCCUGAUUUGAUAUCUAUAAACCUUAACACAUGUUCCAAGCUUACAGAAUCAGCUUUGUUUGUACUCAUUAAAAACUGUCAUUCACUUGCUGAAAUCAAAAUGGAACACAUAUUUACUAAGAGAGACAACGUAGAAAAUACAGAUACUUUGAAAGAUUUUCAUGUCAACCCUCAGUUGAAGUUUCUAUAUUUUAAAGAAAAUUCAUUUAUAAAUGACCAAAUCAUCAUAGUGUUGGCUUCCAUUUUUCCCAAUUUGCAAUUUCUUGAUUUGAGUUAUUGCUAUAGCAUAUCUGGAAAAAGUAUAUGUCAAGUUCUAAGUAGAUGUUUUAAGGUUAAAUAUAUGCACUUGGCCUGUUGUAUAAAAGUGAGACCAAUUAAAAUGAACUUUGUAAUUCCCCAGCUAGAGGUGUUGAACUUGUCUGGUACAAGUGUUGACGACAAAACACUCUAUCAGAUCUCAAAGAAUUGCGUCGGGCUUUUGAAACUAUUUCUAAUAAGUUGUAAAUAUGUCACCGAAAAUGGAGUGAUGCACGUGCUUGGAAAAUGCAGACAAUUGAAGAAUAUUAUUUUGGCACGGUGUGAUAAAGUGAAUGCUGAUGUUGUUCUCUCAAUGCUUUCACCAAGGCCAUCAUUAGGAAAAUAUAAAUGCUGUAAUUUUGCUGGAGUUUGGUUGAAGUUUUGA